UGUACAGUAAAGGUUCUGACCGAUUGUUGUUGACCAGCGUUUGAAACUUUGACAAGUUGAAAGUCUUUUCAUUGAAGAUGAACGCCGCUCUGAAGCAGUGGAAGGAGGCGUCCACCGUCAUCCUGGCCGCAGGACGCAGGCUCGGCGCGGACAGUUUGCCGUCAAGACCUCCGUUGGAGGGCAACGGCGCGGCGACGCAGCUGCCGCACAGCUCCCACUUCGAUUACGACGUCCUGUUGCUCAAACGGAGCGCGAAAAGCACGUUCAUGCCCAACGCGUACGUUUUCCCCGGCGGCAUGGUGGACUCCUCGGACUUUUCAAGCGACUGGUUGGACGUGUUUAAAUCUUUUCUCGGUUCCCCCGGUUUCGGUUUGAGGAGCGUCAAGCAGCCCGUGGAGGACAGACCCCCGAUCUUUGCGACAGACCGAGUCAAGCUCGGCUCUCCCAUCCCGGGGGAAGUCGCCCUGAGAAUCUGUGCCGUUAGAGAGACGUUUGAGGAGUCGGGCGUGCUGCUGGUUGUGCCCAAAGAGGAAGAGAAACGCGUUUUGAAGCGCUUGCAGGACUCGCGCUUCAGUCAGCACCACACGGCGCAUACACCGCGCUGUGACGAACUCUCAAAGUGGAGGGCACUGGUGAACAGCAACCCCUCCAACUUCUUGAGGAUGUGCCAGGAGUUGCAGGUUCUGCCCAACAUCUGGGCUUUACACGAGUGGGCGAACUGGCUGACCCCCACCGCCAAAUACGGGAGGACGAGGUUUGACACGGCUUUCUUCAUGUGCUGCUUGCAGGAGAUGCCCAGCGCGCUGCAAGACGAGAAGGAAAUUGAGCGCGUUCAGUGGUCCACACCCUCAGAGAUCCUGCAGAGCUACCAGGCACGGCGACUUUGGAUCGCUCCGCCGCAGUUCUACGAGCUGAGCCGGAUGUGCCGUUUCCCGCUGCUGAAUGACCUGCACAGCUUCGCCCACCAACGGGCGACAGAAGGCUGCGAUCAGUGGAUGCCUGUUCUCGUCCUUCAAGAUCAGCAACACAUUUCUCUCCUCCCAGGGGACAAGCUUUAUCCGGCAGACCCUUCGAAGCUGACCGAGGAUGACCACAAAGACUCUCAAUUGGAGGAUCCAACAGAUGAUUCUGAUUUGCACCGUAUGGUGAUGUCAGACCCUUACACUACAACCCUACAGAUCACAGUCAGACCCAAAUAUAACCACCUGCUCCCUGUUACGAUGCCAGCCUUGUCACAUAAUCCAAAAAGUCAACUUUGACCUGCACUGAAACAUCUAUUUAGUUAUUUUUUUGUACACAGAUACAAAAAGACUUAAUUUACUGGCAGUAUGUCUGCUGCUGAAUUCUGAUCUCUAACAACUACAUCAAGUUCUGUUGGUGUCUGUGUUAUUCUCUCAUAUUGAAAAGGAAAAAAAAAACUCACUGUAAUUUGCAUAACUUGUAUUUAUUUUUAUUUUGUAUUAAAAGGCUACUUAUUACCUAAGUUCAUACAGGAUGUGGGUUUAAUUUUAAACAAAAAAUGUGAAUAAGUACAAUUAUCAUGUACUGUAUAGCAGCACAGUUACUCUGACUAAAGCAGUUCUUGUUUUGUCUUGUUUCAGAGGAUCGCAUGCUCCACAUUGCUUUCAUAUAAACAGAAACAAAAAGUAGUCUGUUUUAUCUGUUAAGGUACGUUUCAGUUUUUAGAGCAAAAUUCAUGCUUUUGUAUGUUUUCAUUGAAGUCAUUGUCACGAAGAUUUGUUUUCUGUCUUGACUUCAAAAUAAAGAAAAAUAAAUGUCUCUCUUGGCGUUCUCUUGUAUCAAAUACUCUGAGGUGAAUUA